GCAGACUCGGGGAGUGCUCGGAGCCGAACCUUAGGCGGCACUCGGAGCCGGGCGGUCCCGGAGAGCGCGGACGGAGCCGGAGCGGAGCGCGGAGAAAGAGGGCGCGAUGGAAGCUGUCAGAGCCGAGCAGCCCGAGAGCAUGCCUCAGGACCUGUCAGAGGCCCUGAAGGAAGCCACAAAGGAGGUUCACAGCCGGGCUGAGAAUGUGGAAUUCAUGAAGAACUUCCAGAAGGGGCACGUGUCCAAGGAAGGCUUCAAGAUGGUGAUGUCUUCCCUGUAUCACGUCUACCUGGCCCUGGAAGAGGAGCUGGAGCGCCACAAGGCCCACCCCGCGGUCGCCCCCAUCUACUUCCCCGAGGAGCUGAACCGCACCUCCGCCCUGGAGCAGGACAUGGAGUUCUGGUACGGCCCCCAGUGGAGGAAGGAGAUCCCCUACAUGGCGGCCGCGAGAAAGUACGUGAGCCGGCUCCGGGAGCUGGGCCGGGCGCGGCCGCAGCUGCUGUUGGCCCACUCCUACACGCGCUACCUGGGGGACCUCUCCGGGGGCCAGAUCCUGAAGAAGAUUGCCCAGAAGUCCCUGGGGCUCCCCAGCACCGGGGAGGGGUUGGCCUUCUUCAAUUUCCCCGCCAUCCCCAACGCCACCACGUUCAAGCAGCUUUACCGCUCGCGGAUGAACACCAUCGAGAUGAGCCCCGCCACCAAGGAGAAGGUGGUGGAGGAGGCGCAGACGGCCUUCCUGCUGAACAUCGAGAUGUUUGAGAAACUGCAGGAGUUGUUGUCCAAGAACCAGGAGAACAAAAACCUUUCCGGGCAGCAGGAGCUUCGAAAAAGGACUGGAGGCAAAGCACAAGGCCCCGCUUCCACGGAGACGGCUCCUCAGAGAAGCCUCCUCUCCUACUCGCCCCUGCUCCGCUGGAUCCUGACCCUCUCCAUAAUGGCCAUUGUCGCGGUGGGCUUCUAUGCCAUGUGAACGAGCCAGAAGAGACACUCCGGGGCGACCUCCCACGGCCUCCCCUCCUGAGCCUACGGACUGCUUCCAGCUCUGAACAUCCGCCCGACGGCCUCCUCGGUCACUGGGACAGGUUCCCGGCCUGGCCCUAGCACUUUCUCCUUCCCCGGAAAAGAUGGAGAGCCCAGACUGACCCAAAUUACCUCUGCCUGAGGGACUUGAACUUUCAGGGGUCCUCAGGGAUGCCUCACAGAUGUAGCACUCUCUCCCGUCCCCGAGAACCCCAAAGAGAAGGAGGUUCCAGCCCUGACAAGGGCCCCGGCGAGCCCGGCUCCUGGGCGACCCAGGAGUAACCGCUUUCCCUCGUCCUGCAGACGGUUUAUGCUUCUGUAUUUCAGAAUGUUGUGUCUUGUGGAAGCCACUUUUCCGUGGGAUUUUGUUGGGUCCGGUUUUCACAAUGUUUGGGUUUAUUUUUUAUUUUCCUCCAGGGUCAAAGGGAGGGAUUUUGCCUCAUUUCGUUGGGGGGUUGUUUGUAUGUGUAUGUGUAUGUUUUUAAAUAACCCACAUAGAAUGUCGGGGUCCUUGAGCCUGUCUGUGUAAACUUUCAAUAAACAGUGUUGUUUUUACUUCUAA